UCCUCUCCCCCUUCUUCCUCGUCCCUCUGCUGCUGCCGCUGCUGCUUCUCCCCCUUCCUUCUGUGCCACACACUCGCGAGGAGAGGAGAGAAGAGGAGGAGGCGAAGAAAAAAAAAACCUAAGCGCUUUUCCCUUUCGGGAAAUUCCGCGCGCUCGCCUCCCCCGCCGCGGCGCCACCGCCGCCGCCCCCGCCGCGGAUUCGCCGCCUUCCUCAGGCGGCGCAGCGUGCCGCGCAGGCGUCGUCGUCUCGGUAAUCGCGCGAGGGGUCGUGGUCGCUCUGGGAUGGGGUUGUGGCGCUGAGAUGGUGGUGGGCGGCGCGAGGUUGUGUUCGCCGUGAGGUAUGGUUCCCAACCGCUGAAAUUUGGGGGGGCGCGGAGGAUGGUCCGGCGAGGGGUGAUCUCAUUGCGAGCAGGAUGGCGGGGACGCAUGGUUUUCGUAGGGUAGGCGUGGUCGAGAUGGAAGCGGCGACGGCGGCUGAGGUGGCCGGUGCCGGCAGCGGCACGGAUGGCGAUUUGCAGAUUAAAGGCAGCAAGGAGAAUGGUCAGACUGCGGAGCAGCCGGCGGCCAGCGAGGCGCUUGAGAUGCCCUCCACUCCGCUCCCGCUCCCGAGGGACAUAGAUUGGUCGGAGCAUUUCUCCUUCUUCAAUUCGGUGGGCGGGUUUGGGGGCAGCAUGGAUGGCGCGAGGGGCUUGACUAGUGUUGGCCUAUCUAAUUCUGAGUCGAGGCCGGAUAGUGUAACCCAGAUCCAGAGCUGUUUGAACAAUGCAGACGAGAGGGUUGAGGAGCUCACAUUGAAAAAUUGCAUCAGCUCCGAUGCGCAACAUGAGGUUUCAGCUGGUGGAAGCACGAGCAGCGGGGAGAAGCCUACAGUUAUGAGGGGUCUGUGGGGUAAUUUUACAAGGAUGUCAUGGAGAGCUAGCGACGUGGCUAACAGGGAAAAAUUAGCAGCGAAUCGUGGUGACGUUGCAAACUUGAGGGUCGGUGACAUGCCCAUCAGGGAAAAUUUGGCGGUGAGCUUCGGCAACAAUAUGAUCUCACGAAAUGAUGCAUCCAACAAGGAAAUGGGAAUGAGCCAUGGGGAUCAUGCGAAUAACGAGUUCAAUUUGCCGUUUGGUAAUCAGCAGCCUUUUCUGUCUCCACGGCCUAAUCAGAAUGAGCAGCGAGUUGAAAGGGAGAAUGCUCUCAUAGUGAGUAGCUUUUCAGCUAGAAUUCUGGAUCAGAUGAGGAGUAAGAAUGUAACACCUUCGUCUGGGGUUCAGAGCUUCCCAUUUAAGAGUGUGUUGAAGGGUAAAGGUGUUGUAUAUCAAGGUGCACGAGAGGAGAUCCAAGUUCAAGGUAAUGCAAGGACCAGAGCCCCUAUGGAUAAGAUUCGCAAGAUCCCUAACAUACCACAGGAUUCCAUGGCUAGAAUGGAUGGUACAAUCUUUGGCAGUGGUGGAAAUGUUUUAGAACCACAGUGCGAGGGAACCAGCCUAAGGGAACUAAUUAAGCCUGCACGCCAAACAAUGAGCAAGUUUGAGAAAAUGCACUUCUUUAAGCAGAUUCUUGAUCUCGUAGACAAAUCUCAUGCCCAGGGUUUUAGUUUACAGCAUUUGCGCCCAUCAUACUUUACUAUCUCAGCCUCAAACCAAGUAAAAUAUAUUGGUUCUUAUGGUACCCAAGAUUUAUCAGCCCCAAGCAAACUGGAUAUUGCGACGGAUGAUAUUUUCAAUACAAAAAGAUACCUUGAUCCCAAAGUUGAGUCCCAAGAUUCUAAUGGCGAUAAUGCUUCAAUCACAAAGUAUCAAAAAGUUGGUGAACAAGGAUCCAUUGCUGUAAGGCGACCAGUGCAUACCUUUUGGGCUAAUCACAGAGGGGGCAACCAAAGUGAAGGUGUUGAUCCUGGUGCUUUGUGGCAGGGCAAUUCGAGCUGCACUGUCCGAGAACGUUUUAAGGCUGCAGAACCUUUCUAUGGUGGCAGUAUGCCCUAUGCUCAACGACCAUCAAGUUCUGGCAACCAACAGUCAGUAUUUGAAUUGAGGAUGCUGGAGGAAAGCUGGUACAGAAGUCCAGAAGAGAUCAGUCAGUUGAAAGGCAUACUUCCAUCAAACAUCUACAGCCUUGGGGUUCUUUUGUUUGAGCUCUUUUGCUGCUGUGAAACAUGGGAGGUACAUUGUGCUGCAAUGUCAGAUCUCCGUCAUCGCAUUUUGCCCCCAAAUUUUCUUUCAGAAAGUCCUAAAGAAGCUGGUUUCUGUCUUUGGUUACUCCAUCCAGAUCCCUGUUCUCGGCCUAAGGCAAGAGAUAUUCUAGGGUGUGACUUGAUAAAUGAGGGUCGAGAUUUGUCCUUGUUAGAUAAUAAAACACCAGUUGCUGUCAAUGAAGAAGACACCGAAUCUGGUUUGCUACUGGGCUUCCUUUCUCAACUCAAGGAAGAAAAGGAGAUGCACGCUGCCAAAUUGUCAGCUGAUCUUGCGAGCUUGGAAACAGAUAUCGCAGAGGUUGAGAAAAGACACUCAAUGAGGAUGGGAUUUAGUUUAGAGGACAUGGAUGUACUGGCAGGUUCUAAUGAUCUCUCAGGAGCUUCUGCAUGUGCCCUGGGAGGUGCAUCACUCUCAGGUUUGCCACCAUCUUUGUGCAGAUCGAGCAUAUAUGAGGAGCGGGUCAUGAGAAACUUGGAGCAGCUUGAAAAUGCAUAUUACUCCAUGAGGUCCACCAUUGACACAUCGGAGGCCAAUAUAAUUAAACGAGUUGAUAAUGAUGCUUUAAGGGUUCGUCAAAAUUUUCACGAGCUGCAUAGUGAUGCUAAUGCUAUCGAUGAGCAAGCAGACCCCCUUGGAUGGUUUUUCGAUGGCUUAUGCAAGUAUGCCCGGUAUAGUAGGUUUGAAGUACGGGGAAUUCUGAAGAAUGCAGAUAUACUUAACUCACCAAAUGUGAUUUGUUCGUUAAGUUUUGAUCGGGAUGAAGAAUAUUUUGCUGCUGCUGGUGUUUCAAAGAAAAUUAAAAUAUUUGAAUUUGAUGCCCUUUUAAAUGAUCGUGUUGAUAUUCAUUACCCAUUGAUAGAGAUGCCUAGCAAAUCCAAGCUUAGCUGUGUCUGUUGGAACAGCUACAUAAAAAAUUACUUGGCAUCAACAGACUACGAUGGCACUGUUCAGUUGUGGGAUGCAAGCUCGGGUCAAGGAUUCACGCAGUUUACGGAGCACCGAAAAAGAGCUUGGUCUGUAAGUUUCUCAGAGGUGGAUCCAACUAAAUUGGCAAGUGGAAGUGAUGAUUGCUGCGUGAAAGUUUGGAGUAUUAACCAGAAAAAUUGCACUGAUACCAUCAGAAACGUGGCCAACGUGUGCUGUGUACAGUUCUCCCCAUACUCCUCUCGUAUGUUAGCUUUUGGCUCGGCUGAUUAUAAGAUAUACUGUUAUGAUCUGAGGAAUACAAGAAUCCCAUGGUGUACUAUUUCUGGGCAUGGAAAAGCUGUCAGCUAUGUACGAUUCUUGGAUCCAGAAACACUUAUCUCUGCAUCAACUGAUAACACCUUGAAAAUAUGGGAUCUCAACCAGACUAAUUCCAGUGGAUUAUCUACUGAUGCCUGCAGUAUGACGUUGAGUGGCCAUACCAAUGAGAAGAAUUUUGUGGGGUUAUCUGUUCACGAUGGAUACAUAACUUGUGGUUCUGAAAAUAAUGAAGUAUUUUCUUAUUACAAAACCUUUCCCAUGCCAAUAACUUCUCACAAGUUCGGUUCAAUCGACCCAAUAACUGGACAAGAGACAAAUGAUGAUAACCAACAAUUUGUGUCCAGUGUUUGCUGGCGAGGGAGGUCGAACAUGGUAGUGGCUGCCAAUUCUACUGGCAGCAUUAAAGUGCUUGAGCUUGUGUGAAUAAGUUGAUGGGAACUUUAGUGAAUGGGAAGAUCUGAAUCCUAAGGUUGCCAUACUGCAUGGUUGAUGCUUAGCUGCCCUUGUAUAUUUCCGUGAACGUCUGCCUUCGCAGCAGGCAGCUACUCAAGCAUCAACCAUCCUUCGGUUCUGGGCUUCAUUCCAUCAGAGCAUUUGCAACACUCAGUUUACCCCAUUCAAGCAACCUACAGCGCCAAACUAUUGGUGGUGAAGAGAUCGGCGAACAAAGAGAACAAAGAGAUCUUCGAAGGUAUGAAAGGUACUGGCAAUUCUUGAAGAUGAUUGCCACCACCAAAAUAUUUUGUUUGUAUGGCGUUUUGACAUAGUACAAGUCAGCAUUUUAAGGAGGGCCUUAGGGGUCUGUACAGAUUAGGGUCACAAAGGGUCGAUGUAAUAUAAUAUAUCAUGAAAUUGGAUAUGCUUUUGGGCUAAAAAGCCUUACAUGAUACAUCUACUCGAGAAAUAUCACUGGGAAUUAACUCAGUUUUGAUGUGCAGUGGCAAGCCGUCUAGUACAGUUAGAAAAAGGUGAUUUUGUAUCUUGAAGAAGAUUCGGAAGAGUAAUCUAGAAAAGGUGUCUGUAGUUUGAAAUAGAAAGCUUAAUCAAUUUUUGUGUAUAGAGAGACCUUGCAACAA